GUGCGGCCGCAGGGCUUGGGCGAGCAACAGGGUGGGAUAUCGAACGUUGUCUAAACGGGUUCUACGUGAAAGAAAGAGCUUCAACAAUGCACGAUAUCCCCGCAACCCCUUCUACUCUCCCGAGCGGAGGCGUACAGGGAGAUGGAGCAAUACGAUGAAGCCCUCAAGGACAUAAAGGUGGCGCUUACAAUCGAUCGACAAUAUCGACCUGCGGUGGAUGCGAUGCGCGAGCUGCUGGAAACGAUAACGAAGAACAAGAAACUUGCUACAGAUGCGUCACCUACGGCACUUUUGCGAACUGCAACGACACUGGAAGGCGAAGAUGCAGAUUGGCGAGGGGCAUUGGACGCAGCAGAGAAGCUGGUUGUGUUGUCGGCGGAUGCUGAUGGAUCUGAACGACUUCUGAAAGAAGGCGGCGUGGACCUUCUUCUUCCCGCGCUGUUCGCAAUUCGCACCAAGCCAAAUGACCAUCGGAGUAAAUUGGUUGCAGCUUAUCUGAAAAUCAUUGCCAACAUCAGCCACACAGGAGAAGGCGGGUUUGUUCGCAUCCUGUCUUUUAUCUCGAAGGACACGGCGGAGGCAUUCUUAGGCGAGCCAGGGGUUGACGCCCCGAAUGACACUCUGGCCAUCGACAUUGCUUCGACUCUGAUCUUGAAAGUCGGUGCAACUUUGGAAAGCGAACCACCGAACAUAAGGCCUAAUGCGCAUAUCCUAUUGGAUGCCAUCGUCCGCCAUCUGGAUCCCCGAUGGCCGGUUGAUCAUCGUGCUGCCACAUUCGGAGCUCUGAUAAAGGCGGUGUCCAACGAAGAGUUUGCGCUAGCUGUUAUCAAUAAUACGGCGAAGGGUAACACUUCACUCUUCUCGUUGGUCUCAGACCCGGACGAACGGAUCCGAAACCUUGUGCCCGUAGCACUUGCUCGCAUCCUUGAGCUUAUAGCAGAGACGAAUCAGAAAGCUGUGCAGGAAGCGUGUCGCCAAGAGAUCGUCAAACGCGUGGACUCGGACUCCGCUCAAACCAAGGCACUGGGCCUUCAGGCGCUCAACGCACUUUUCCAGGCGAGCUUCGUGUACGGAAGCAGUAUAUUAUGUCACCCAGGUUUCCUGGACUCUUUCAUGGACACCAUCGAUUUCGAACCUGCCGAGACGCAGUUGGCUCUCCUUGAGACCUUGUCGGCAGCAUGUGCUGAUAAAGAAAGCCGCACUCUCAUCGUGGGACGCUGCAGCGGAUACUUGCAGAAAAUGACGCGUACCAAGGACGCGCGACUCAGCGCGACGGCUAACGUGGUUGCUAGCAAGUUGGCUACAGCUUCCCGAGGCGCUCAAGCUGGCCAAGUCGUCGAAAUGGAUUCGAUACCGAGUGCAGACUCAUUCAUCGCAACGCUGGAAGAUACGACAUCGCCACGGGACCAGGAUACUCGUGCAGUAGAGGGUCUUGCGUAUCUCACAAUCGAGCCACGUGUCAAAGAGCAUGUGGUCACAACAAAAGGAUCAUCUCUGAAAGGCAUUCUCACUCGGACACAAAGUCAAGACUUCCGUGCUCUCCAUUAUGGUCUCGCCACCAUGAUUGCAAACCUAACGGCAUUUCGUCAGAAAGCAACGGAGGAGGAAGAGCAAGUGCGCAAACUACGUCGGAUGGCAAAAGACGCGUCGCUUGCCAAGCCAGGUCCAGAUGAAGCACUAAACGAUGAGGAUCGUGUCAGACGGCGUUGUGAGAUACUGGUCCUUCAGUGCGCUAUGGUGCCCUGGCUCAUCUCGGUUGCAAGGAAGAGCAACAGCACAGGAUUGCGCAAGGUUACCGCUCAGAUCUUUUGCAAUUUGGCAACAAAUAGGAAAUUGCAUAAUGUUCUUGUGCAGCAGGGCGCUGUACGGAUCUUGCUGGAGUUUACUCGUCCCAUCCAGUCAUCUGCGCAGUCAGCUGGGUCGUCCAAAACGUCACCCUCCACGUCUUUGCCGACGCCUCCAGCCGAUGGAACCGCAUUCUUAGCGUCACACGCACUGGCAAAGAUUGCCAUCACCGUCAAUCCCCAUCUCGCAUUCAAAGGACAAGUCGCACUUGAGCUCGUCCGUCCGAUCGCCGGCCUUCUUUGCACAUCGCGUGCAGCUCAAGACAAUACGAACAUCCCCUUACUGGCCCAGUUUGAGGCAUUAAUGGCGAUCACCAACCUCGCCAGUAUGGACGAUACUACGCACGUGCGAGAUCGAAUUGUUGCAGCUGGUGCAGUGAAAGCAUUUGAAAGCCUGAUUUUCGAUGAUAACGUCAUGGUCCGCCGCGCCGCCGUCGAAGCCAUCUGUAAUAUGAUGUUCCAUCCUGCGGUUUACGAGGCGUAUGCAGACGCGUUUUUGGCGGCGAAGGUUCCCACCCUCUCCAACAAGCUGAAACUGCUGGUCGCCCUCUCCGACUCUGAAGACUUCGCUACUCGACGAGCUGCCUCGGGAGCGGUUGCAAUCUUGAGCUCCAGCCCCAACGCAUGCCAUCAGUUAAUGGCAUUGGUCGACGAGAAUGAGCCCGACGGAAAAAAGGAGGACACAAAGGCUGGUACAAGGAUACCUCGCGGACUGGAAACAGUGGUCAGACUCUUGGAGCCUUCACCAUCGGGUAUCGUGUCUUCUCCGAACACCUCAGUUAGCGAGGAUGACGAGCUCCACCUGCGAGGUUUAGAAAUUGUCAAGAACCUAGCAAACAUUGACAAAGCAAGUCAAAACCAGGCGUCGGAUUAUGGGAAGCAGCUGGCCGCAGCUGGGGUAAUACGGCUUCUUAAACGGCUUAUAUCGUCGCAGAAUGAAGCAGUGGCUCAAGCUGCUGGCGAUGCCUUGCAAGCCUUGGCCCGCCGAGGAAUAGAUGUUCUUCAUUGACAAUAAAUAACGCUACAUCUUGCAGUGUUGUAGGUCCAUACUACAUGCAGCCGUCUGUUUUGUGGUAAUUAGUGCGUGCGUGCUGCUGCGUAUUAUUUGGAUUAUCGGAUUAAUAUUCGAUCUCCAUCGCGCGUAACAUCUGCGCGCGGCUGUCAUCAAGCUU